AUGUGCAUAGACCUGAUGAGUAGGGAUGCAACUCUAUGGUUCAUGAACUGCUUGUCGGGCUUGACAGGUGGAGGUAUCAUACCCUUCUCAAAGGAACCGAAUGAUGAAGAUAGAUGCUAUCCCCACACUGCCACGUCAUCUACUUUUCAUUCACAUCCACUGCACUUUCUUUCCAUUAGAGUAUACUGUGAAUUUCUUCAAUCUGAAUUGUCUUGUAUUGGUGAAAUAUGUGCACCUAGAGAUAUCUAUGUUAAAGAAACUGAAAAUGUGAAAGCAGCAGCUGAGAUUGCAGUGUUCUCACCUGCUCAUUCUGACAGUGAAGAAGGGGAAAUAAUAGAUGAAUUGAAUCAGUUAGCAAGGGAUAAUGAAGUUGGUAUUACUAGACUGUCCAGGGUGUCGGUGCAAUUUUUACCCCCUGAUGGCUCGAGAACUGUGAAGGUUCCAGCUGGGAAUUAUGAAUUGCGCUACUCGUUUUUGUCUCAGAGAGGAUAUUACCCUGAUGCUCUUGAUAAGGCUAACCAAGAUAGUUUUUGCAUUCACACUCCGUUUGGUACAAGCCUGGAUUUUCAUUUCUUUGGUGUAUUUGAUGGACACGGGGAGUUUGGAGCUCAAUGCUCAAAUUUUGUGAAGCAGAAAUUAUGCGAAAAUUUGCUUAGGAAUAGUCAAUUCCACGUGGAUGCAGUUGAAGCUUGUCAUGCUGCUUUCUUGGCAACAAAUUCACAGUUGCAUGACGAUGUCUUAGAUGAUAGCAUGAGUGGAACAACUGCAAUCACAGUUCUAGUUCGUGGUAAGACACUUUAUGUUGCCAAUGCAGGUGAUUCGAGAGCUCUUAUAGCUGAGAGAAGAGGGAACAAUAUUGUCUCUGUGGACCUAUCAAUUGAUCAAACUCCUUUCCGGCCUGAUGAACUUGAACGUGUGAAGCUUUGUGGAGCAAGAGUUCUCACUUUGGAUCAGAUUGAAGGACUCAAGAACCCAGAUGUGCAGUGCUGGGGCACUGAAGAAGACGAUGAUGGUGAUCCUCCUAGAAUAUGGGUGCAAAAUGGGAUGUAUCCUGGUACAGCAUUUACAAGAAGUAUAGGUGAUUCCAUUGCCGAGACAGUAGGUGUUGUAGCAAACCCAGAAAUUGUUGUUUUGGAGCUCACUUCAAAUAAUCCGUUCUUUGUGAUUGCCAGUGAUGGGGUAUUCGAGUUUCUUUCCAGCCAAACUGUGGUGGAGAUGGUUGCAAAAUACAAGGAUCCCCGAGAUGCUUGUGCUGCAAUAGUUGCUGAAUCCUAUCGCCUUUGGCUACAAUAUGAAAUUCGUACGGAUGACAUUACUGUGAUAGUUGUGCAUAUAAAUGGAUUAAAUGAUGCUGCUUCUUGUCAAUCAAUGAGUUCUGAUACAGUUUUAAGACCCCCUGUGCCUCAAGUUGUCGAUGUAUCAGGAUCAGAGUCUCCUUCACUUAUGAACUGGAACACUAGAAACCACCAUGCAAGGCAUGAUAUAUCACGGGCACGACUCCAUGCUAUUGAAAGUUCUCUAGAGAAAGGGCAAGUUUGGGUUCCUCCUUCUCCAGCCCACAGAAAGACUUGGGAAGAAGAAGCUCAGAUUGAACAGGCACUGCAGCAUCAUUUUCUUUUCAGAAAACUUACGCACUCUCAGUGUCAUGUUUUGUUGGAUUGCAUGCAAAGAGUAGAGGUUCAAGCAGGAGACAUUGUUGUGAAACAGGGUGGAGAAGGUGACUGUUUCUAUGUUGUUGGCUGUGGAGAAUUUGAGGUCUUGGCAACUGAGGAAGAGAAAAAAGAAGCGCCUAGGGUUCUACAACGAUACACUGCAGAGAAGUUAUCAUCAUUUGGAGAGCUGGCACUGAUGUACAAUAAACCCCUGCAAGCUUCUGUUCGUGCUGCGACCAAUGGAACUUUAUGGGCACUUAAAAGAGAAGAUUUUAGGGAGAUUCUUAUAUUCUCUCUCAGAGGUGUCUUUCUCUGA